GUUAUAACUGAUUUUAAACAAGCAUCAAUAAAUGCAUUACGCCAUGUGUUUCCUAAUAUCCGCAAUAAAGGAUGUUUUUUUCACUUGGGACAAUCAGGUUGGCGAAAAAUACAAUCAUGUGGACUUGCUACUAGAUAUGGUAAUGAUGAGCAUUUUAGUUUAAUGCUGCGUCAUUUGUUUGCUUUAGCAUUUUUACCAUCUAACGAAAUUCCAGAAGCAUUUAUUAAUACAUUAAAGCUUGAAAUGCCUCCAGAAGCAGAUGAAGUUGUUAAGUGGUUUGAAGAAAAUUAUGUGUAUGGAAAGAUACGUCGCCAUCUUAGAAAUGGCAAUACUAUUCGUGGAGCUCCUUUAUUCCCUCCAGAGUUGUGGUCAGUACAUGAUUCAAUUGAAACAGGAAUUCCACGAACACAAAAUAUAGUAGAAGCCUGGCAUAGGCGUUGGAAUAUUUUAGUUGGUAAAGCCAUGUUGGUGUUUAUACGAUAA